AUGAACUGGGAAGAGCCGACGACCACCUUUAGUCCUAUCGGCUCAGCCAAGUCUCCAUGUACAAGCUCUGAGUAUGACCAGGAUCGGAACCAGUGCCGCGACACAAGUCAAGGUAGCGCUGGUAUUGGAGACUAUGUACCGAUUACACCAGACUCCAACCCAUACUCAUCCUCUUCGACUUCGAGCUUCAUGGCACGCUCGCGCUACUUUGACCACGCAGUGGCAAUUAACGAAGAACAGGCGAGAUCUUACCCAGAAGGAGACGCAGAUGGACCAACUGAAGAUGACAUCCAGCUGCUCAGACUGCAAGGUGCAUUCGACCUACCGCCACGAGCUAUUCGAGAAGGAUUGAUCAACACAUUUAUGGAAAAAUGUUCACCAUGGAUGCCGAUAAUCGAGCGGAGUUGGUUAGAAGAAAGCGGCUCCCAGAAGCCGUCAAUGCUACUUCUCCAGUCAAUCUUCGUCGCAGCGAGCCGAGUCACAUCUGCACCGGCCGUGACGGCUUAUGCAUCUUUGCAUCAGUUUUAUCGUCGCGCAAAAGCCUUGUUCUGGUCUGGAUAUGAGAGAAACCCAGUGACCGUCGUCGCAGCAGUGUGCAUUUUGCACUGGUAUAACCCGGAAGGUCCUGAGCAUGUGUCCACUAAUACUAGUGGAUUCUGGCGAUAUGUGGGGGUCGGGUUAGCUCAUCAGAUUGGAUUGCAUAAAGAGCCGACGAGUAAAAGAGACGCUGCCCUGAGGCGCAGACUGUGGUGGACUCUAUAUGCCAGAGAUUGUUGUAUUUCGGCAGGGCAGGGCCGGCCAUUAGCAGUGGAUUUAGAGGACUGUGAGGUUGCACCGCCCUGUCCCGAAGAUUUCCAUGAUUCAAGCUCAAAUUCGACUCUGUUUAUCGCAUAUGUCGAGAUCAGUUCUAUUCUGGGCCAUCUCACCGAACACUGUCGUCGGAAGACCCUCACACGUGAAGCUCGACAGAAUCUUGAGAAUCGCUUAUACCGAUGGACACGCGAUCUUUCACCCUCCCUGCGCUUGUUUUGCACCCGGAGUACAUCAGAAGACGGAACAUCACCGAAAAGAACAUUGGCUAAAUACAACUUCGAAUCGCGUCAGCUUCAUAUCCCCUACUUUACCUGCCUCGCCAUCAUGUUGCGUCCCAACCCCGGAGAGUCUGCGUCACUAGGAGUGCUUCUAGCAUCGUCUUUCAUAGCAGGGAUAUUUGAAGACUUCCUCGCUCGAGAUGAGAUCCAAUUCCUGAGCCCGGUAUUCACAUUCCACCUUUUGGCUGCUGGAAUCGGGCUUCUCUCGUGCAAUAACGUACCAGCACACCGCGAGAAGGCAGCAGGUAGCCUGGAAUCCAUCUACCUGGCCCUUGAGGAACUCGCAAAACGCUGGUCAUCCGCGAAAGGCAGCCUAAGAGCGUUGAAGAGCAUUUCUGAAAAGCAGCGGAGCACGUCGACAAUUAACCAAAUGCCGUCGAUGACACUCUCCAGAGAGCACCAACCAUUUUUCGAGGGAUUUGGCCCGGAACUUUCCUGGGCUUGGUCAUAUUUCAUGGGCAACGGACAAGCUGUGGGGAAUGCUGGCAACACAAAUCGUUCUAUGGUAGCCGGGACCGCAGAGGUGCUAGAAAAUUGGGCCGAGUCCCGGGCACCGGAUGCGAUAUCUUCGGAUGAGUACAGGCCACUCACUACGAUUUUGGACCGCAAUGAAGGUCUCACUAUGGGAGAUAUGCCACAGGAUAUUUCAGGUAAUUUCUUUAAUCAAUACCAGGGAAUGGGGGACUGGCUUUUCAAGGAUUUGGAAUGGAAUGGUGAGAUUUCCUGGUAG